GCUGAUGCUCUGAAGCACUGUGCUAUGUGUGUUAAUGAGCUGCUGGGCAUCAGUUCACUGCUGAUGUUUAUACAUCGGUGCUCACCCAGCCUGGUGCCAGCCUGUGACCUGGAUCUGCUGCACUGCCUCACAGAAUAGGGCUGCAGGGAGGCAUCAGUCCUAACCCCUCUGCCAUACAGCUUUCCCUACUGCCUUACAGGGCACAUCCCAAACAGCUAUCCAUCAAAGGAUGUGGGGAUACACAUACCUCAAAUAUUUACGGUGCCUGCACUUUGAGACUGAGACAGUUCACUCACAUCUGUGUGCGGGCCACUUUUAAAACAUCAAAAUAAACCAUCUGGCUGCGCAACUGUUUCUAAUUACUCCCCUGCCUAGACUGUAAACUUCAGGGUUUGGCACCGGCCUCCCUCCCAGAGCGCUGCCCAAAUCCCGCUCCCAGGCAGCUAAUCACCGCCACUGCAGCGCGGGGGGAGCAGCCCUGGAGCUGGGCUUGUCCAACUCACAGCUCUCCACACGCCCAGCGGCUCUGUCCGUCCAUCCGUCUGUCCAUCCGUUGUCUGUCCAUCUAUCCAAGGGAGGCAGCAGGAGCACGGCCGGCACAAUGCAUGCACAGGGGCUGCUGGGACUGGUGCUGCUGAUGGUGUCGGUGGGCUCCCUGCCCAGUCUGCGGCCUGCCACCCUCCCAGCCCUACGGAGCUCCUUGGGCAGCCCUGUUUUGUGUCUCCUGCCCCGUGCUGAGGCAGAGCUCCAGUGCCGCGUCCCAGGGGGCCUACUGUGCAGUGGCAGGGGCAGGUGUGACUGCGGGGUCUGCAUCUGCCAAGUGACGGAGGCUGGCAAAUACUAUGGGCCGCUAUGCGAGUGCCAAGACUGGGUGUGUGAGGUCUACGACGGGAAGGUCUGUGCAGGUAAGGAAGCUACUGUGGCGACUGGAGCUUUAGGAAAUUAAGAGUUUAUAUCAAGUCCGGAAAUAUGUUGGAAACACAGCAUGUAGAUAGAGCAGAGAUACAAUCAUCUAUGCAUCUUACAGUUUUGUAAGAUAAUAGAAUCAUUUAGGUUGGAAAAGAUCUUUGAGAUCAUCGAGUCCAACCAUAAUUUAGGAUCUUUAAUUUUUAACCAUUAAUUAGUUGUUUUAACUGAGAGUCAUGGGAAAACUCUAAAUGGGGUUUUUGGCAGAUUGGAAGACAUUAAAUGUCACAAGUCAAAGGAACUGCCUCUGCCAUAAGGUGGGACUUUGCCCACUUUUUAGCGGCAAGGGAAAAAAGUAGGAGUCACAUUGGU